CCUAAACCCUAGAGCCUUCUCUCGGCAACCAAAAUCCGCCGCCUCCCAUUCUUGCCAAAACCCAGAACUGGCGGUGUUGCUGUUGCUAGGCGGAGGAGGACGGUCGCUGCUGCUGUCGCCGAAUUCAAUCCCCGCCACCUGCUCCAUUUAUGCAUGCAACCAUUGAUGGAGGCACAUGCCAAGUUUAAGGAAUUGUCUUUGUUCAUUCAAAUUGAACAAUUAAUCACGGGACCAUUAAUUGGACCUUUCUUUUCCAAUAAAUCAUGUGGAUGGUUAAUUCAAAUUAAAUGGAAGGACAACUUGGUUCAUGAUCAGACUAAUCUGUUCAUAUAUUAACCAAUUCUUCGUUCCUCCAUAUAAUUCUCCAAUAGUUGUCGCUCUUGUGCAGGAGGAAGGAGAAGAGGCAAAUCCCGGGCAGUGUUGGUCUGGUGCUGCGGAGAAGGAGGGGAGGCAGAUCUCGGACGUAGCUGGUCGAUUGAAGUGAAGAAGAAAGGUAAGCAAAUCCUCGGCGCCGCUCCGUUUCUGUGUCCAAUACUCGCGGAAAAUUAAAAAUAAGGCUAUUUGUGUAAAUUUAAUAAGAUUUAGGGCGACGAAUAAGUUAAUUUAGGGCGACGAAUAGCAAUCCCCUUACGAUAAUUCCAAAAUUAUGAUGGUCGAGACUCGAGAGGUUAGAAAAACCCAUCAGGCCACUAUCAACAUCAAGGUUCCGGGUACCCGUCAAAAAAAAAAAAAAACAUCAAGGUUCCGGGUACUGGUGGCAAUGGCCUUGGCAAUAGACGAAUAGAAGACGGCAGCCUCAAUACUUCUUCUGUUGUCUGAAUCAAAAUCAGAACCUAUGAUACUCCCAAUAUCCAAAACCAUCAAACUCAAGGUCUACUUCGGUUCCAGGCGCCUUAGAUUGUAUGCAACUUUCCAGUCUCCGAAACCCAAAGCCAAACCCAGGGAUGAAAACCCUCACCAUUCGCGUCAGCGACGGCAUCGCAGAAACAUACCAUUUGUCACUAAUGUGAAAGAAACCCAAGACUCAGAAGACGCCUUGGCUCUCUUUCAGGAAUACCGACGGGAAGGAUUUAGACACGACUACCCUUCGUAUUCUGCUCUCAUCUACAAGCUCGCUCGUUCUGGCGAUUUUGAAGCUGUUGAGGGCGUUCUGGGUCAAGUACAAGCAAAAAACCUUCGGUGUGGAGAGAACCUUUUCGUUGCUCUUUUUGGGCAUUACGGGAAAGCCAAUUCGGUAGAUAAGGCAGUCGAGCUGUUUGAUAGAAUGCCUCAGUUCAACUGUGAGCGGACGUCCCAGUCAUUUAACGCUCUGCUAAACGUUCUGGUAGACAACGAUCGUUUAAUGGACGCGAAGCAGUUGUUUGGUAGGUCCAGUAAGAUGGGCAUUCGACGGAAUUCGGUCCCAUUUAACAUUAUGAUCAAGGGGUGGCUGGGUAGAGGGGACUGGGAUCAAGCCCGCCAGGUGUUCGAUGAAAUGCUUGAGAGAAAAGUUGAACCCACUGUUGUGACUUAUAACAGUCUGAUUGGGUAUUUGUGCAGGAAGGGUGAAAUUGGUAAGGCACGGGACUUUUUUGACGACAUGAUCAAGAAGGGUAAGCCCCCAAACGAAGUAACUUAUGCGUUGUUGAUGGAGGGAUUAUGCAGCUUGGGGGAAUAUAAGGAGGCCAAAAAGGUGAUGUUUGAUAUGGAAUAUCGAGGAUGUAAACCGAAAGUGUUGAACUUUGGUAUUUUGAUGAAUGAUCUUGGAAAGCGAGGGAAGAUUGAGGAGGCAAAAUCUUUGCUUCUUGAAAUGAAGAAGAGGCGAUUUAAGCCAGAUGUUGUCACAUAUAACAUAUUGGUAAAUUAUCUGUGUAAAGAGGGCAGACUGACGGAGGCUUACAAAGUCUUGUUUGAAAUGCAAAUUGGAGGUUGCGAAGCUAAUGCAGCAACUUAUAGGAUGUUAGUUGAUGGGUUUUGCCGCCAUGGAGAUUUUGAGGGAGGUCUGAAAGUCUUAACUGGAAUGUUAGCUAGUAGGCAUUCUCCUCGUACUGAAACAUUUAGUUGCCUGGUUGGCGGCUUGCUCAAGUCUGGAAAUUUUGAAGGCGCUGGCUUUGUUUUAGAGGAGAUGCAGAAUAGAAAAUUAGGGCUGGAGUUGGAUAGCUGGGAAUGUCUGAUCAAGGAUUAUUGUGAGAGUGAUGAAAAAGCUGGUGUACUUGUGAACGAGCUCAUAUCAGGCGUCAACAGUGAUUAAGGAAGAAUACACGGGAAAGCUUUUUAUGCUCUUUCAUGCGAAGUGUUUUCUUUGGCAGUCCAUGACCGCUCGACUUUGUUUCCUAAUUCUAUGCCAUGGAUGAAAGCGAUGCAGGUUUCAUCAUGAUUGACGAGGUCAUGUAAACUGGGAUAUAUAUCAGAGGCAAGCUGUUUCUGCAGUGCAUUUUGAUUUGAUUGACAUGUACCUAAAGAUAGGCGAUCAACAUGGAUGGUGAUAAGGAGCAUUGACAGGGUACAUCGUACUUAUUUUCUCUACAAGAAGCCUCUUUGACAAGUCUUUCGAUCAGAUCUGAAGGUCAUAGCAGUUGGCAUCCCAAGCUACUCUUACAUCCAAUUAUCAAUGAUCUGGUUACCUCUAUUUUCUAACUGAUCUUGCUGCUAGUUUACCAAGGUAUCCGCCCCUGCAGUUCUAGAAAUUACUUUCUCGCAUCUGAAAGCUAGCCAAUUUACCUGUAAAACUUUCAGCAGUGGCCCGGGGAGCUUCAUACGUACUUGUCUUGGUGCAUCUCUGCAUUUUUACAGAACCUUCUCAUCCAACAUGGACGAAAGAUGUCUUCUUCCUUAUAUAGUUGGAGCUGAUCAUAAGAGAAUCUAGUCUUUAGAUGACCUUCAGGGCCAUGUUUUGGAAUACAAACAUAAUCAGCAUCUCUGACAUUCACAAGACAGUUGUUUCAGAAUCUCAGCUUACUGUCAUGGGAUGAAUUGGAAGUAUUGAAUGCAAAAGUACAUGCAAUUAUGCAGACUUUACGAGAAACUAUCUAGCAUAACACAGAUGGGGAUGCAACUCUCCUCAAGAUUAACCCUCAUCUGAGCUACUAGAUAGCUCUCCAGCGGCUUAGUUCAAUUCGGUUGAAGGGUACUUGAAGUUCCAGUUGGUCUUUGUGUCUGUCCUGUGUGAUGAAGCUUCUUUUUGGUGUACAAAUGUUGCGUGCAAUAGUUUGUCGUGUUCGUCGCAAAAUCUACAAAGGAUGAUACUGUAUCCAUGUUUCUUAGUUUUGAACAAGUUGGAUUGUCUAGUGAGUAAAACUGGCGAGGCCAGAGCUGCUGACUCGUGAUCACUUUGGAACAUCUCUUUUUCAGGUUAGUUUCCCCCCCCUGUUAUCGGAGAGCAGUUUGGAACUUUCGGGGCUUAGCUCGUCUCGUCUGUGACGGUACAGUGCCUGAUGCUUGAAGAGAUGUACUGUGUAUCCAUCCCUACUCCGAUUACUAUCAAUUGUGAUAACAGUUAAAACAAGCUUUCUAAGUUGUGCCAUUUGCAUACUUGAGAUCAGCUAGCUGGUGUUGUUACCAAAAAUGUAAGCAGGUAUCGCUCGAAAGAGGUUUCUUGGCUCGCCAUCUUAUGUGACUUAUCAGAAGAAGGUCACGAGAUCAGUACUAACAUGGCAGCAACAGUGCAGAUGAAUACAGUCAUGAUGAUGACAAGAAAAAGGUGUUUAGGGAUAUGAAGAGUGAGUUAAUUCAUUCUUUGAUCUGCUUUCAAAUUCCAUGCGGCGCGUUGUCCACUAUGACGGCAGAACCAUAUUCCUAAUCCAUCUUCUUUUCCCCUGACGAAACUUCCUCCAAUGAAACAGAGCCAACAAUAAACCUUGCUUUAGUCCUUUUGUCAUAUGGAUUGGCUUUGUCCCAAAAUACUUAUUGUUUCUGUCUCUCGAUAAUAUUAUAUGUAUUGUAAUUAAAGGUAAGCAAGCAUAUCUCCGUUUCUCCCGGUGGUAUCUAAUUGCAUUGGCCCCGCCGGCGUUGAAAUAAAUGAAUAAAACCAGAGAAGCAAUCUAGCUAAGCAUGUUUACUCUACUUUUGACUAAACGCAUUCAAAGUAA